CGCCGCGCUGUGUCUGCCGACAGUCGUUUUCUUAUCACUGAGACGAAGCGAAAUCAUGAGCGGAAGAGGCAAAACCGGAGGAAAGGCGCGCGCUAAGGCGAAGUCUCGCUCUUCUCGGGCUGGACUGCAGUUCCCAGUGGGCCGUGUGCACAGGCUGCUCCGCAAAGGCAACUACGCAGAGCGCGUUGGCGCCGGAGCUCCCGUGUAUCUGGCGGCCGUGCUGGAGUACCUCACCGCUGAGAUCCUGGAGCUGGCGGGAAACGCAGCUCGCGACAACAAAAAGACCCGUAUCAUCCCCCGACACCUGCAGCUGGCCGUCCGCAAUGACGAAGAGCUCAACAAACUGCUGGGAGGAGUGACCAUCGCUCAGGGAGGCGUGCUGCCCAACAUCCAGGCUGUGCUGCUGCCCAAGAAGACCGAGAAGGCCAAAUAAAGCAAUUUCGAGACCAGCUACUCAACAACGGCUCUUUUAA